GUCGUUUUUAGUCUGAAAACCCCAGCGCAAAAAUGACUCCUAUUCCUACAUUCAAUUACCAACUGGUUUUCAAGCAAUGAAGCCAUUGACAAAUGAGAGCAAGAUCAUCAAGCUUCACCCUUCUCUUCAGCAACAUCCUCCAAACUCUCUCCAUUUCCAGCCCCAACAAGCCACAUCUCAAAAAGGUAACAUUUUUACUUUCUCCUCUCUCUACAAAGCACAACUUUACUUCUGUUUCUGAUCAAAUAAAAGAAACCCAGAUUAAUUCAUCUUCCAUUGACUCUUCUGGUAUUGCAAGAUCUAUAAUUUUGAGGUGUCCACAGCUUUCUGCCAAGAAAGGUAGGACUUUUAGGAAUGCUUCUCUUAAAGAACUUAUGUUGGACAUAUCUGAUGUAAUACCAGAAACUGCAAGAAAAUUUAGGAGAGUUUCUGUGUUGAAAGCCGAAGAUGUGCUUGAAAUAUUGCUGGGUUUUGAGUUUGAGAGUGGGAAGUGUUCAUUUGGGGUUAGAAAGGUGGGCGCUCUAUGGGAAAUUUUCAAGUGGGCUAGUGAAAAAGUUAAGGGUUUUAAGCAUCUUCCAAGGUCAUGUGAAGUUAUGGCGUCGAUGCUUAUUGAAGAAAGAAUGUUUAAAGAAGCUGAAUUGUUGGUUUUGGAGGUGGAGAGGGAAGGAAUUUUAGUAGAUAUUCAUGGAAUUUUCUGUAGUUUAAUCGAAGGUUAUGUUGGUGUUAGUGAUCUAGAAAGUGCCAUUUCGGUUUUUGAUAAAAUGAGAAAGCAAGGAUUAGUCCCAUCAUUGUCAUGUUAUCGUGCUUUUAUUGACAUUUUAAUUGCAAGGAAGAGAACUCAAUUAGCAUUCCGGGUUUACUUGGACAUGGUGGAAAUGGAUGUUUGUUUGAGUGAUGAGGAGAUGCCUGUUUUUGAGAAUGUUAUUAGAUUACUUUGUGAGGAUGGGAGGAUUCAGGAAGCCAGAUAUCUAUUGAAGAAGAUUUUGUUGGGAUUUAAACCUAGCAGUUUAGUUAUUAAUGAGAUUGCGUGUGCAUAUUGUGAGAAGAAAGAUUUUGAAGAUUUGCUGAGGUUUUUGGUUGAAUGGAAGCGGUUUCCUGAUGUUAUUGUUGGAAAUAAGAUAAUACAUACUCUUUGCGGCAAUUUUGGUGUAGAAAGAGGAGAUUUAUUCCUGCAGGAACUGGAACUUUUGGGUUUCAGGCCUAAUGAAAUAACCUUUGGGAUCUUGAUUGGUUGGAGUUGCUAUGAAGGGGAUUUGCGAAGUGCCUUUGUUUAUCUGUCUCAGAUUUUGUCAAGAGGCUUUAAACCUGAUUUAUGGUCCUACAAUUCUCUUAUCAGUGGGGUGUUUAAAGAGGGCAUGUGGAAGCACGCCAAAGAUAUUCUCGAAGAAAUGGUGGAUGGCAGCACAUGUCCAAAUUUAUAUACUUAUAAAGUACUUUUAGCCGGGUAUUGUAAAGCAAGAAGAUUUGAUGAAGCCAAAAAGAUAGUUAGCCAGAUGGUGAACGAUGGUUUAAUUGAACUUUCUUCCUUGGAGGAUCCACUUUCCAAAGCAUUUGUAGUGUUGGGACUUGAUCCAUUAGCUAUAAGGUUGAGAAGGGAUAAUGAUGUGGGAUUCUCCAUGGCCGAAUUCUUUGAUGAUCUUGGAAACGGACUUUAUUUGGAUACAGACUUGGAUGAAUAUGAGAAAAAAGUAAGCAAGGUUCUUGAGGAUUCUACAAUGCCUGAUUUUAAUUCUCUUAUAAUGAAUGAAUAUAGUUCUGGCAAUUUCAAAAAUGCUUUUAGACUUGUAGAUGAAAUGAUUCUAUGGGGACAAGAAAUGUCUAUUUCUGUCCUUUCAGCCUCUUUGAAGGGGCUUGGUACAUCUCUUUCUCAUAGCAAGGCAGUUGUCUGUCUUUUCGAAAAAAUGCCCAAGUUGGUUAAUCAGUUAGACCAAGAGGUGUUAAAUAUGCUCAUCCAAGCAUUCUGCAAGACUGGGCUAGCUUACAAAGGGAUGAGUUUAUUUUUUCAAAUGCUCCAGAGGGGCUUAAUAGUCAACAGUGAGACUUACACUGCUGUAAUGAAGGGAUUAUGUAAGAGAGGAAUCUUGAGUGACCUUUAUGGUUGCUGGGAUGUUGCUCGAAUUAACAAAUGGUUACCAGCAUUGGAGGAUUGCAAUGCUCUUUUAAAAUGUCUUUGUCAUCAGGGCAUGCUGAAGGAGGCACUGGAACUUUUUGAUGGCAUGCUGGUCUCCAACCCUCAAAUGAAGCUGGAACUUUGUAAUAUAUUCCUGGAGAAUUUGUGCAUUUCUGGUUUUGUAAGCAUUGCGCAUGAGAUGGUAGAAGAACUUCUAAGUCGGGGUUGGAUUUUGGAUCGUGUGGCUUAUAGUCAUCUUGUAAGAGGGCUGUGUGCUGAGAAAAAAUUUUCAGGUGCAAUUAGAGUUUUGGACAGUAUGCUGGCUAAGGACUUGGUCCCGUGCUUGGAUGUUUCUUUGACAUUAAUUCCUCACUUGUGUAGGGCUGACAAAUUUGAAGCGGCUAUCACAUUGGGAAAGAUUAGUUUGGGAGAGCAAUCUGCAUUUUCUUCUGUCCAGAGGGCUUUACUUAAAGGAUUUUGUAUGAAAGGGAAGAUUGGAGAAGCAGGACAUCUGUUUCAAGAUAUAUCAAAGUGUCUGCUUCUUGAUGAUAAUAUUUAUAAUAUGCUGGUUCAAGGGUGUUGCCAGGCUAACAAUUUGAGGUUAUCCGAGGAGCUACUUGGUGUCAUGAUAAGGAAAAAUAUAUGCCUUUCAAUCCCCAGUUAUCGAAGUUGGGUGUGCAUGAUGUGUUCUGCUGGCAGGUAUCUCUCUGCAUUAAGCCUGAAGGAGUUUAUGCUAGGACAAAGCCAAUCGGACAGCCUUCUCAUUUAUAAUAUUCUUUUAUUCUAUCUUCUGUCAGCUGGAAAUAUUUUGGCUGUGAAUAAGGUUUUAAAUGAAUUGCAAUGGAAGGGAUUGCGACCUAAUGAAGCUACUUAUGACUUUCUUGUGUAUGGAUUUUCCAAGUGCAAAGAGGUGUUGAGUGCUGUGCACUAUUUGUUUACUAUGAUUUGCAAGGGACUAAGACCAAGCAGUCGCAGCUUGAGAAUAGUAAUAAGUCACCUGUGUGAUCUUGGGGAUCUUGAAAAAGCCUUGGAGUUGAGUCGAGAAAUGGAAUCGAGAGGCUGGAUUCAUGGUUCAGUUGUUCAACACAGAAUUGUUGGUGAUCUCUUGUCUCAUGGUAAACCUAAAGAGGCGGAAAGUUUUCUGGAAAGGAUGGUAGAUAAAGGUCUUAUACCAAAUACAAUCAAUUAUGAUAAUCUCAUUAAGCAGUUUUGUUUUUAUGGCAGGCUGAACAAGGCAGUUGAUCUUCUGAACAUAAUGUUGAAGAGGGGAAAUCUUCCCGAUUCCACCAGUUAUGAUUCUGUUAUCCAUGUUUUUUGUGCAUGCAACAAAUUGAACCGAGCUAUGGACUUCCAUAAUGAGAUGCUGGAUUGGGAUCUUAAGCCAAGUAUUAACACAUGGGACAUGCUUGUCUGUAAAAUUUCCCAAGACGGACGUACUGCAGAAGCAGAAAGGCUUCUGAUAUCUAUGGUUCAGUUAGGCCAAACUCCAACCAAAGAGAUGUACACCUCUGUAAUUGAUAGGUAUCGCUCCGAAAACAAUCUCAAGAAAGCAUCAGAGCUAAUGCAAAUGAUGCAACAAAGCGGCUAUCAGCCAGACUUUGACUCACACUGGUCUCUUAUAAGCAAUUUAAGCAAUUCCAGGGACAAUAACAACAGCAGCCAGGGUUUUCUAUCAAGGCUUCUCUCUGGAAGUGGAUUUACAUGGAAGAAUCGUUUCAAAACCGGACAACAAUAAGGCCGCAAAAUAAAAAUUGCUUUUGUAAAUUAACAAAUCGAUCGUUUUGUACCAAUGUAAAUGAAAGGUUUGUACCUUUGCUUACACAGUAGUUCCUGGUUUGGUUAUUUUAAACUUACUUAUAUAUAACACCUUGAAGUUUUGAAGUACCCAAA